CCGGAAGUGAUUUGGAGUGUUUCUCUCUUUCGCACGUGGGGAGUAAACGUUUACGGGCACUGACCAACAUGGCGACGUGCAGUGUGGAAGAGUUGCUGGCUAAAGCCGAGCAAGAAGAAGCAGAAAAACUUAAAAGCAUCUCCGUCCAGAAAGAUCUGGACCUGGAGUUUGACAUCGGGAACCUGUUAGCUUGUGACAAAAACCGCAUCGACUCCCGGGACUUCAGAGAGCAGAAGAAAGAAGACUUCCUGCGGUCGCUGGCUCGUGACAACACGCAACUGCUCGUUAACGAGAUCUGGAAGCAGCCCACGGAGAGAGUCGAGGAGUCGAUUGUGGUCAAAUUACCGGGUCCGGCGACCCCUCUGCCCAGAGAGAAACCACCUCCGAAGCCCAGACCCCCUACAAAAUGGGAAGAGUUCGCCAAGCUUAAGGGCAUACAGAAGAAGAAGAAGACCAACUUGGUUUGGGAUGAAAACGCGAAGGAGUGGAGGAGGCGCUGGGGAUACAAGAGGGCCAACGAUAACACCAAGGACUGGCUGAUUGAGGUGCCCGAGACCUCAGACCCAGGUGAGGACCAGUUCGCCAAACGCCUCAAAGCCAAGAAGGAGAGGGUGGCUAAAAACGAGUUCAACCGGCUGAAGAACAUCGCCAGGGCGCAGAAGGUCAAAGUGCCAGGCAUGGGACUGACCCCUAAGGCCCAGCAGUCCAAAGACGAGCUGUCCAGAGCUGUGAGCGUGGCCAAAACCUCCACAGCAUCCGUUGGGAGGUUCCAGGACCGCCUGCCUAAAGAGAAACCACCAAAAAACACAGGCAAGAAGAGGAAGUUUGAGCCCCUCAUCGGCAACUUCUCUAAUGAGAAGCAGAAGCAGCUGGAGCUUCUCAACCUCAUGGACAGCAAGAAGCCCAAGUUGGACAUCACCAAAGCUGUCAAUAAACAGAUGAGAGAGGAGGACAGGGAGGAGGCUGCGGCUAAACGCAAAAAGGGCGCGGGGAAGAAAGGACGCAAAGGCACCAUGGCAGGAAAAGGCAAAGGCAAGGGUGGCAAAGGAAAAGGAGGUAAAGUUGGAGGAGGGAAGAGGAAAGGCAAACCUGGGAAACACUGAGGACUGUAAACCUCCUGGAUCCUGCUGCGCCUGUGCCUUGGCAUCGACACGGUGGACUUGAAUGAUAUGAAUUGAAUGAGGUGACUGUGAAUUGUUGGGACUGUCCAGGGUUUGUGACUCUUAUGCUGUACGUUUAGACGGUCACCAAAUCUGUAAAUACUCGCCCCAGCAUUUAUGGAGGCUGUGUGAUUAAUAUGUGUAAUAUAAAAGACAAAAACUACAGCCCAAACUGA